GACAGCGGCGGCGAUCAGCUGUUGCGAAUGUUUACGUUUGCGAGUAUUGGCUGACGAGGGAGAAUCAGCGCAUGGUGGUGGGUCGCGGUUACCGUCCAGUCCCUUUCAGUCCGUCGCGUCGUUCAGUUCGCAUAAUUUACUUAGUGCUUAUCAUAUUUAUUGCCGUACGUGAAACGUGUCGCGGUGUCGCGCGUUUUUAUGCAAAUGCCAACGUGCACUUUUCUAUCCUUUCCAGAAACGGGGUAAGGAUUAAAUCAAUUUGAAGAUGGGGGGAAUGUUCAGAAGCGAGGAGAUGGCCCUUUGCCAGCUGUUUAUUCAGCCGGAGGCAGCUUACCUUUCCGUUUCUGAAUUAGGAGAAACCGGUACGGUGCAAUUUCGUGAUCUAAACGGCGACGUGAAUUAUUUUCAACGGAAAUUUGUCAAUGAGGUCCGACGAUGCGACGAACUGGAGCGCAAGCUUCGAUAUAUCGAGGCAGAAGUCAGGAAAGAUGGUGUGCCGAUCCCGGAUAAUCUUACGGAACUACCGCGGGCACCCAACCCACGUGAGAUUAUAAAUCUCGAGGCGCAUCUCGAGAAAACGGAGAACGAUAUACAAGAGCUGAGCCAGAAUGGGGUGAAUCUGAAGAGCAACUAUCUCGAGCUGACGGAAUUUCAGCACGUACUUGAAAAGACGCAAGUCUUUUUCACGGAGGAAGAAGCCAACGACUCGAUCACCAAGGCGCUCAUUAACGAGGAAGCACAGAAUCCAGCACUUUCGAUUCGUGGACAUCUGGAAUUCGUCGGCGGAGUAAUAAAUCGUGAACGAGUUCCUGCCUUCGAGAGAAUGCUUUGGCGUAUAUCCCGUGGAAAUGUAUUUCUUCGGCAAACCGAGAUAGAAAAACCGUUGGAAGAUCCAGCUACGGGCAACCAAAUUUAUAAAACAGCCUUCGUGGCGUUUUUUCAAGGAGAACAGUUGAAAAGUCGUAUUAAGAAGGUUUGCAUUGGCUUCCGUGCUUCGCUCUAUGAUUGUCCGACGAGUCAAGCUAAGCGUCAGGAAAAGUUGAAAGCUGUGCGAACACAGCUGGCGGAUCUUAACUUGGUAUUAAAUCAAACGCAAGAUCAUCGUCAACGUGUUUUGCAUAAUGUGGCGAAGGAAUUGCCAAACUGGAGCAUUAUGGUUCGAAAGAUGAAAGCCAUUUAUCAUACGAUGAAUCUGUUCAAUAUGGAUGUAUCGAAAAAGUGUCUUAUUGGAGAAUGUUGGGUGCCUAUUGCCGAUCUCGGAACCGUGCAAAAUUGUCUUACAGAAGGCUCGCAACAAUGCGGGAGUUCUAUACCGUCGUUUCUCAACGUGAUUCACACGGAUGAAAAUCCCCCGACGUUCAACAGGACAAACAGAUUUACGAGAGGUUUUCAAAAUCUAAUUGAUGCAUACGGUGUGGCAUCGUAUCGCGAAGCUAAUCCGGCGCUUUACACCAUUAUUACGUUUCCCUUCCUGUUCGGUGUUAUGUUCGGCGAUGCUGGCCAUGGGCUGAUACUGACGCUUUUUGCCGCUGCCAUGGUACUACGGGAGAAGAAGAUUAUCGCGCAAAAAUCAGACAGUGAAAUUUGGAAUCUAUUUUUCGGCGGCCGUUACAUCAUCCUCCUUAUGGGUCUGUUCUCCAUCUACAGCGGUUUCAUCUACAAUGAUAUAUUCGCAAAGUCAGUUAACAUAUUCGGAUCUAGUUGGAGGGCCAUGUAUACGAUCAACGAUACACUAUAUAACAAGACACUGGAAUUGUUGCCGGAGGCGAGGGCGGAGCAUUAUCUGCAAACACCAUAUCCUCUGGGCAUAGACCCGAUUUGGUCGCUCGCUCACAACAAAAUUGUAUUUCAGAAUUCAUUCAAGAUGAAGCUGUCGAUCAUUUUCGGCGUUGCGCACAUGAUUUUUGGUGUGUGCAUGAACGUUGCCAAUAUCACGUAUUUCAAGAGGUAUUCCAGCUUGUUUCUUGAAUUUCUACCACAAUUGCUCUUUCUCGUCUUCCUAUUCUUUUAUAUGACUGCCUUGAUGUUUAUUAAAUGGGUUUUAUACGACGCUUCGUCUAACGAUGAAGGACGAAGACCAGGUUGCGCACCAUCGGUUUUAAUUACGUUUAUUAACAUGAUGCUCUUCAAAAAUGCCAAUGUGCCCAAGGGUUGUUCCCAGUACAUGUUUGAGGGGCAGGAUAUUUUGCAGAAAGUUCUCCUAUUUUCCGCUUUAGCAUGCGUCCCCAUAAUGCUCUUUGGAAAACCGUUAUUUAUAACAUGCUCAAAAAAAAUUAAAACUUCAGGAAAAACUUACAGCAACGGAAGUGCGUCCCAGGACAUCGAGUUGCAGCCGCAGGAAUUGCAGAACGCGGAAACGAAUAAAGAUGCGGUGGGUGAUCACAGUCACAACGAAGAUGGCUUCGGUGAGCUGAUGAUUCAUCAAUCCAUCCACACCAUAGAGUAUGUCUUGUCCACCGUCUCGCAUACUGCCUCCUAUCUACGGUUGUGGGCGCUGUCUUUGGCUCAUUCUCAGUUAUCCGAAGUGCUCUGGAGUAGAUUAUUGCGAAUAGGCUUAGGGGCCGGAGAGGAUGACUACAUCAAAAGUAUCAUACUGUUUUUCACCUUCGCCAUCUGGGCCUUCUUUACUAUUGUCAUUCUCGUCAUGAUGGAGGGCCUUUCGGCGUUUCUUCAUACGCUUCGACUUCAUUGGGUCGAGUUUAUGACCAAGUUCUACGAGGGUGUAGGAUACCCCUUCCAGCCAUUUUACUUUAAGAAUAUUUUAGACGCUGAAGAUGCCGAAGAAUAAAUUGCCGCUAGUCUAUACAGCAAUAAUUGUUAGAUAUAUAUGUUUACUAAACAUAUUGCAGGCGAAGACCUCUUUAUAUAUUAAGUAUUUUCGUAUACGCAAAGUCUUGUCUUAUUACCUGGGCAAGUAUAGGAGAAAGACCAAAUCGCCGUGAAUUGUUUUAGACAAGUCUGACAAUGUGCCUUCUUCAAUAAUUUUAGCCAUCAAUUACGUAUCUAUAAAUCGGUCGAAUAUGCGCACGGUAAUUUGUAAUAACAGUUUUAAAAUAUGUUUUCUUUGUACCUUUUUUUAUCCUUUUUUGAGGAUGGCAACGCCGGACAGGAAACCGACGCGUGUCAUAAGCAUUUGUAUUUUUACAUUAAAUAUUUAUAGACUUUUUUAACUCUAUUUAACUUGCCAAAUUUGUGUGAGAAAAUAUAAAAAUUCGUUCACGGAAUCGACUUUAAAUAUCGUUAUCUAAUAAAUUCUUCUCGGUUUUAUAUUCUGCGUGCGUCGGUCUUUUAAAUUAUUUAUAAUUCAAAAAGAAGAACAAAUAAUAAUGUUCGCACUUAAUAAAAAAGCUAGAAAUAAUAUUUAAGUAUUUUUAUUUUAACUGAAACAAGAGUUGAUUCUACUUGUUCAACAAUUAAUCAUAUAUACACUCAAUAAUUGUGGCGCGAAAUGAAAAAGAAAUAACAGAUGUGUAUGAUUCAGCAACUGAUGCUACUGUUGCUAUUACUUCUGCUGUCCAAUGCGCAUUGUAUUUAUUCCAUUAAUUACCUAGGAAUGUGGAUAUGCCAUAGUCGAUAGUUCGUCCUUAAACAACUCUCGUCGCACGUUGUAAUAUUUGAUAAUGUCGUGUAAUGUCGUUGUAAUAAUAACAUUGUCGCGCGCGCAUAAUUAUUCUUCGCGAAAAAAAUAACAAUCAAAAAAUUGUUGUGUAAUUUCAGUAUUGAAGAGGGAAAGUGGAAAAAUUAUAAUGAUUCGAAUUAUUGGAAAGAAGCUAUUAUGCGCAUAAUUGAUUAAUUAUCCUCAAUGAUACUCGACAGAUUCAGACGAGCAGCGCGAACGUAUAUUCUUGUAUUAUUAGGAUACAAAUUCUUCUGAGUGAUUCGUAAACAGGAAUAUUCAAACUUUUGUGCGAAAUUAUCAUUACGAUUGUAUCCAUCAUAGGUAUUAAUGCGAUGUCAAAAGGAGAGAGAGAACGAUGUAUAUAUGUGAAAUAUUCCCGAGAGAGAGAGAGAGAAAGAGAGAGAUCUCUAUCUAUAAUAUUUAUAAUAAGAUGUUUGUCGCGAUUUUCUUGCGCUGCAGUUAACAAAACAUAUUUAUUUACACUUACUUGCAGAUUUUUUAUUAGCAAGAAUUAAAUAUUAGAAGUGAGCAAAUUAAACAUUUUUGGAGGAAAAAGGAUUUCGGAAAAAUUAUUUUUUUAUAUCUAACGUUUUUAUGUUUAAUCAACUUUGUUAAUACUAAGAUGAAAAUCUCUGAGACAACUUGUAGAUAAAAAUAUACGCAUGCAUAUAUAUAUAUACAUAUUUUAUCAAUGUAUUGAAAUAAAUGGAUGAGAGUUGCAUAUUGUGAGAGCUGCAUCGAUGUAUA